AUGGUGGCUAAAGCACAUGUAGUGGAGGAUGGGCCAAAGAAUAAGAAAAAGAGGAAGCACUCAAGGGAAGGCUCUAGCCAAGGGAACUCAAAGAAGAACAAAAGGUUCAAGGGUAAGGGCUUUAACUGCAACAAGCAUGGUCAUAGAGCGGCGAACUGUCAAAGCAAAGGGAAAACCACGGAAGUCCACAUGACCAAGGAGGAGAAAAACCAGCUAGCUCGGAUGCUAAGAAACAACAAAGUUCGUGCCGUUGUGUUUGAGAACACUCCAAGGAAUCUCAAGCAUAUUGCUCCUAACAUUCAAAAAGAACUUGUCAAUUCUUGUGCCGCUGAAACCAUUGGUGCAAUUAUUAGUGAUAUGGACGAUGCAUUCUUUUUUAUAUUAGUAGAUGAAUCAUGUGAUGUUUCAAUAAGAGAGCAAAUGGUGGUGGUGUUACGUUAUGUGAAUAAAAAAAGGCAAGUAAUUGAAAGGUUUGUGGGUGUCCAAUAUAUCUCUGAUACGACUAGUAGGAAAUUGAAAGAGGCAAUUGAGCAGUUGAUUUCUUCAACAAAUUUUAGCAUGUCCAGGCUACGAGUACAGGGGUAUGAUGGCGGUAGUAAUAUGAGAGAUGAGCUCAAUGGUCUUAAAACACAAAUUUUGAGAGAAUAUCCUCAAGCAUAUUAUGUCCAUUGUUUUGCACAUCAACUACAACUAGCUCUUGUAGCCGUGGCAAGGGAAAAUGAAAACAUUGCUACUUUCUUCACAACGGCUAGUAGUGUCAUUAAUAUUAUUGGAGCAUCGUGUAAGCGUCGUGCUGCACUUAGAGAGCAACAACAAAAAGAUAUUAUGAAAGCUCUUGAAAUUGAUGAUCUUGAAACGGGGGUGCUUGAAUGGAUUGUUGAUGAUGUCAACCAAGAUAAUUUAGGUGAAGCAAAUAGGUUGUUGAAAGAAAUGCAAACUUUUGACUUUGUGUUUCACCUAUAUUUGAUGAGAUUUAUAUUGGGAGUCACAAAUGAUUUUUCAAAGGCAUUACAAAAGAAAUAUCAAGAUAUUGUGAAUGCGAUGAUGUUAGUCCAAAGAUGUAAGCAAAAGCUACAAUCCGUGAGGGAUGAUGAUUUUGAUGAUUUGCUUCUUGAAGUAUCAAUAUUUUGUGGCAACAAUGAUAUUGACGUUCCUAACAUGGAUGAUUUAUUUGUACCACAAGGGAGAUAA